UGUUGUUGUUGAGCUUAUUUCAGUGGCCUAAAUCCACUAAACGUUAAAAAUAAUAAUUAAUAGUAAAUGAACGGUAUUUUUUAACAAUUAGAUAUUAAACGUCAUUUUCAUAAUUUAGAACCAAAUUAAGGUAGUAUAUGUAAAAAUUCUAAAUAUUAACAUAUACAUAGUGAUAAAAAAUAGAAAUUUUUUACAUGAAAAAUCACUUUUGCACAAUUUAUUACCAAAAUACUCCUACACGCCUAUAUCAACUCUUUUACUUACAAUGUUGGUUUUAUUACACAAAUACCACUUAGUCAUCAUACCAUGCACAUACACGUGUGCUUUCCCCAUCCAUCAUCAAUCAAAUCCUACUCUCUUCCCUCUCUUUUUUCAUUUUCUUUUCAUUUCAUUUUCGAUUUUUCAUUUCUGUUUUCUAACUUCAUUUGAAUACAAGUAACCUCCCUUCAUAAGAUUAACCACCCACUAUUGAUCACGUUUUUCCCUCUUCUUUUUUGUUCAUCCACGAAUAUUCAACUUCCUCUUAGCCCACGAUUUAGCAACUGUUUUUCCCUCUCUGUUUCAGUUUUUUUCAAUCUUAUUUAUAAGAUGGAAAUCACUCGUUCAUCAUCAUCCCCUUCUCCAGUUCUCAAACAAAAAUAAAAAAUGGGCAAGAAAUUGUUGGCCAACAAAUCCAAGGGUAAACGCCCGAUCAUUGAAGAUUAUGAUUCUGAUUUUGAAGCUCCAAUGCCCAAGCGUGGGAGACCCCAUUCUUCGAAGAAAACGAAGCUCAACUUGGAGGAGCACACGGUUCCAGAAAUUUCUGGGAAAAAAACUCUUGCAUCUGCUGAAGAUCGAACUCAGGUUGGUUUUCAGUUUCAUUAUCGUUUCCCCCUUUUCCUUCAUUUAAACUUUUCCCAGAUUUUGGCUUUUUUAUGUUCAUUCUGCUUUGUGUAAUUUUAGGGUUUCAUUUGCACAUUUCGUUUCAUAUUUUUAAAUUUUUUAGUUAUUUAUUGUUGGUUUUGAACAUUUCAUUUGGUUCUUCUCUGGGUGUUGUUCUUUAAUUUGGUUUUGUUUUCUUUAUUUUCAGUGUUUUUUUUGUGCUUACAGGUUAUGUGUUUUUGUUUUUGUUUUUAGUGUUUUCAAUCAGUCGUUUGUAGUUUCGUAUAAGUUUUUUAAUAGUUUGAUAAUGGUAUGUUUUGAUGUGUUUUCGAUUUUCAUUAGGUUUAGUUGUUUGCUGUUAUAUUUUAGGUUUCAAAACGAUUUUCAAAUCUUUGCUCUACAUUUUUCUAUAGUUGUAUCUGUUUUGUAGUUUGUUUAUUGUUUUUAUAUAGUUUUAUUGUUAUUUUCAUACUGUAUUUUUGGAUUUCCUUUAGGGUUAGUUGUUUACUGUUUUUUUUAUGUUUCAAAACGAUUUCAGGUCUUUACUGUUUUUUUCUGUGUAGUUGUAUGUUAUUGAUAGUUUGUUUGUAGUUUGUUUAUAGUUGUAUUACAGUUUUCAUACUGUUUUAUUCAGGAUUUAUAAUUUAUUGUGGCUAUUUUCGUUAUGUUGCAGGUUUGGGACUACAAAUUUAGUCCUUCUGAUUUUUAUAGAUCUAAGUGUGUAUGCACCAGUGUUUAUUCCGUGAUAGAUAAUAUUAAGAACACUUUAUCUGUUAAUUUGCUUUCUUUGUUUCGUCAAACUCAGUUUGGGCAUUUUCUGGAUAUGCCUGAGUUUGUUUUUCAUCCGCAAGUCGUACAUAGUCUAUUACUAAGGGAAGUUUUCCAGCCCAAUCCUAAAGAGUUUUGGGCUAAGGUUGCUGGCCGUUGCAUACGGUUUAGUGCCGAAGAAUUUUACUUGAUUUCUGGAUUAGAUUGUUUCGGUGAUUGCAACAAGUUGUUGUUUUCACAGGAAACAAAUCAAUUGGUAGAAACAUGUUUCCGUGGUGUAAAAACUAUUGACCACAAAGCCAUCGAGGAUGCUUUUUUGGGUAGUCGGUGGGGUUUGGAUGAGUCUAUUGGUUUGAAAAUGGCUGUUUUGUAUUUCAUUCAGUGUUUUCUUCUUAGCAAUACUCCUGACAAAGAAGUGUCUAGGUUUGAUCUAGAUGUAGUCGAUAGCGGUCGGUGGGAUGAGUAUUGUUGGGGUAGGGAAUCAUUUGAAUUGACAAUUGACUCAUUCAAAGGUAGGAUCCAGCAUGGGAUCAUUAUGAAAAACAGAAAGGCAGAGAAGGGAGGCCAAUAUGAUGGCUGGUAUAGGGCAUUGGGAUGUCCUUGGGUUUUCACGGUUUGGUUUUAUGAAUGUUGUCCUGCAAUGGUGAACUCUUUCUGUAAGAGAGUUUCAUCUUCUAUUCCAAGGAUUCUGAACUGGAGCAACACCAUCGUCACCAAAAAUCCAACUCUUCGAGACUUGAAGGGCAAGAUUUUUGAUUUACCUUUGGACAAGGUAAUUUACAGUUUCUUUACAGUUUCUUUUCAGUUUUAUUUAUGUUGUUAAUUUUUGGUUUUUCCAAUUGUUUUAAUUUUUUCAUAUUAUGUUUGAUUAUGCUGUUCAGUUGAAGAUAAAACAUGCGUCCUACUGAUGACGAGAGGCAGCAGCUUCAACUUGACGGUUUAUUUCUCGAUGAAUCUAUUGAUGACCGUGGUGUAGCGAAGCAAUCCUUUGAGGGUGGGUCAUCUUCAAAGAAGUCUGAUUCAGCAGAUAUUGAUUGGAUGAAAUCUAAGUUGGAGAUGGUCAUUUCGAAUCAAUCAUCAUUGGCCGAGGACUUCAUUUCUUUGAGGUGUUUUGUUGAAUUUCAAGUCCGUAAUGACUGUAAUUAAGGAUAUCCAGGAGAAGGUUAAUGCCAUUCAUCGUCGUCCUUCUGAUGAGGUAUUUAUUCAUAUUUUAUUGUUUAGGUUUUUUCAUAUAUUUUUUUAAAGUUUCUUUACUGUUUUAUUUAAGUUUCAUUUAUGUUGGUUGAUACAGGGAAAGUCAUCGGAUGAAUUAGUAACUCAGGAUUCUGAUGAUGAUGCUGCUGCUGAUGAUGAUGAUGAUGAUGCCGAGGAUGAUGAGAAGCAAUUGCCUGAUCCAGAAAAUAUUUAUUCCGACUCCGACGAUGGUGGUGAGUUGGUUAAAGUUGGUGGGGAUGCUGAUGAUGCUGAGAAGGUUGUUACUGCUGUUCCCGUUGCUGAUGUGAAUCCAUCUGAGGCUGUUGGAGGGAGUGAUAAAAAUGUUAAGGAUGUUGAGAAGCCGAAGGGCGAUGAGUCUCGAUUGAAGGGGGACGAUUUCCUUGAUGGGUUGAGCCAGCUUGAAAUAGAUGAUGAUCAAGUUGUGUUGGCUGGCUUGGAGGCUGUUGGUAAAAUCCAUGUAAGUUUAUUUUUAAUUGUUUUCAAGAAAACUAGGUUUUUUUUUGGUUGCUCAAUAGUUUCUAGUCUGUUUUGCAACUGUUUUAAUGCAUUCUUUCUUUUUUAGGUCCCCGCACCCAAUCCAGAUCUUGUUGGUCAAAAGUCAAAUGCCCUUCAUACUGAUGAAGAAACUGAGGACACUGUCUCUGAUACACCUCUGUUGGAUAAGAGGAAGUGUGCUCCGGCCUUGAAAUCUCCAUUUGUUGAUUUCGGGUCUGCUGAUGUCGGGAGCACUCCAAUGGAGCUUAUGUCCUCAGGUUCUCAAUCAGCUGGGGAUGAUAGGGAUUUCAAAAUGGUGACUUAUGUGAAGGGCCUUUAUGCUCUUAAUGAUGCGUUUGCUGAUCCCGUAUCUACCGAGAUUGAGGCAAAAUUUGACGCUUGGAUUGGUGAAGGAUUGCUUAAACAUCCUAGGCAUUAUAAUUGUUAUGAAGAUGGCGCAAAGAAAUUUACCCCGGGUUUUAGGCUAGGUGUUGAUUAUGUUGAGGAUAAAACUUGGUUUUAUCAUUUGGCUACAUGCGACAUGUUUAUGAACGACUCGGUAAAGUUUCCAAUUUAUAUUGUAGUUUUGAUAGUUUGUUUUCAGUUGCUUUAUAAAUGUUUUUAAGUUUUGAUACUGCAUUUCAGUUUUUUUACAGUUGUUCAACCUUUUCAUUUGUGUUUCUGUGUUGUUUUUUUUUCUCAGCAUAUAAACACCGUAUUCUAUUACCUUCGGAAAAAAGGUAAAUAUUCUUCCGCUGUGACGUUGAAUUUCACAACUACUGAUUGUCUCUUUGAUGAUUCCAUCCAAGUAUUGUACCACAAAUAUAACAAGGCCAAGUCAAUGAAGACUAAGAUGUCACACAUUCACGCUGCCCACCCAAUAGCGCAUUACAUCCGAGGUAUGCGCAUUUCCCUGUUCCAAGCCUUGGUAUGAAGCCGAUCAUGUGCUAUUCAUCAUCAAUUUAAGAAGGGAAAGUCAUUGGGUUUUUGGGCGUCUUGACUUGAACGAAGGGACGUUGUUUCUGUACAAUUCUUUAAGGACCGCGAAGAUGAAUGCCGCAGCUAGGAAUGCGAUGAAGGCUUAUUCCGUGUUGCUGUUUUUGUUUUUCGAUUUACUUGGGUUCUGGAAGAAUAGGGCACAAGCUCCUGCCUCAGGUUCUGACCCUACAGCUCCCUUCAGAAUCGUGGAGCUUAGUGGUCUUCCGUCUCAGGAGAAGAAGUGAGUGUUUCUUUUAAGUUUCUUUUAUGUUGUUUUUUAGUUUCUAAACUGUUUACUUUUUCUUUCUGUUUUUUAUAGUGAUUGCGGGGCAUAUGUUGCUGCCUUUGCUGAAUUCUUUAUCCACGGAAAGGAUGUCCCUGCAGACUUUGACAUCGAGGUUUAUCGUACCCGACUUGCUUCACUUUUCUUCUCGUACGGCCAAAGGAAAAUUGACGAAAGCAUUGACAACGAGGAUGAGAAGCAAAGCAAGUCUUCUAAGGCAUCUAAAUUGAAGAAAUAGGAUCUUUUAAUUUGAUGACUCUUUUCUGUUAUUUGUUGAAUCUAUUAUCAGACAAUUUUUAGUGUUGUUGGUUGAAUGUAGUUAUUAUAUUUGAUUUUAUACUAUGUACCUGGUUUAAAACUUUUAGGAUAUUUGACAUUUACUCCUUAUAAUAUCUUUAUUGUAUAGGUUUGUAUUUCCCAAA